GGAAAUUGCAGGAGAAGGAGAAAGGACAUUAUUGUUUAGCUACUAUUGGGCUCGUUUUUAUUCAGGAGCGGGUCUGGAGCCGAGGGAAUGUGGCCAGACGAGCAACAGGACGGCUCAUCCAGUAGCCUCUCACCGUCCCCUGGACCAGAUAGCCCAGCUAGUCACGUUCGAGCUGGCACGACCAUACUCAUCAAUGGAUCCUCCAUACCGGCCAGUUCUAACAGCAGCUCAAGCGAGGAGACACCAGUAAGACAAAGCACACCUUUACAAGUAGCCCAUAUGGCUUAUUAUCCAGUCGUUUUAUCACGACAAUUGGAGCAAAUGCAAUCUGACUUAGUGCAUGCUGCAGCACAGGACUACUCUCCUCCUCCUCCUUUCUCCCAGGGCAGUAAUACUAGCGGGACUAGGAGCACUGGUGAGCCUCAAGGAGGAACUAGACUAGUAGCCAUAUCAAAUGCCAGUCUCCUAGCUGCUGCAGCUUCACCAGGGACUCACUUUAUUGACUGUGGGAAGUGCCAAGUGAAAGAAAUGGAGAUCAGGCAAUUGAGAAAAAGAGUCCAAGCACUUGAAGAGCAGCUAUGUAGAGCCAUUGGAAGUAGGACUAGUAGUGUUAAAGUUCUUGAUCCUGUAGUAUUUGGCGGUAAACCACACUCAGUGCAGCCUGGACUCCAACAGCAGCAGCAGCAACCCCUCACUCUACAAGUGAGUCAAUUCGUUCCACCUCCUCAGACCUUGCGAACGGUUCCACCAUCACCACUUCCUCCAUCGUCACAUGAAGAUGAAGAAGAUGACAGCAAGCUAUUCAAGCAAAGAACCCCCGAGAGAGCAAUAGGGAAAAGCAGAGGACACUCUGGACUGAUAGGAGGAGGGCACACUGUACUACCAGUCAUUGGACACACUGCCUCUUCAUCCUCAUCCUCAGAGAAGACAAGCAUUAGCGGUGAAAGUGGCAGUGCCACAGUUACAAAACUCUCCGUGUUGGAAAGCCAGGGUAUGUCUGGUAAACACGGCAAAGAUGAUGACGAUGCUAUUGAACUGGUCCCUGGUACUAAUGUGUUUAUCUCAACUGCAAGACUGCAGCAAAUACUCUCCAUUGUGAAGACAGGGAAGCAGCUGGCAAGGAAGUUGAUGAGUGUCUACUGGGACAGGAUGAUAUUAGCUCGGUCAACGCUCUCCGCUGCUAGUCAGCAUUACGAGCAACUCGAUCCUAAAAUAAUAUCGGCCAUAAAAACUUAUUGCGUCCUGUUUGACACCUCAGCAAGAAAGUCAGAGAUUCACUCUACGAUGAUAGACAAGUGCGUUCAGGCCAGGCGGCCUAGAAGGUCAAGCCUCAAGCAGCAACAAGAAAGCACGACACCAAGACUGCAGCAAGUAAUGGAUAUCGGGACGAUCGGGCGAACCUUAAUUACCACCAGUGUUCCUGUUACUCCUCCUCCUGCUCCUGCCCAGUAUAUUGUAAGUCAGGUGAUAGGGGGUAAGGAGCAGUACCACAUUGAAGGGGCUGGUACUACCAGUGGUAUUCAGCAGCAACCCGAAGUCGUUCAUGUGACUUCGCCGUAUCAAUUCACUUCACAUCAUCACCACAGCAUUCACCAGUUGGACACAACUACCACUACCAGUGGAUCACUGUCUGAUGAAGAUGAUGAUGAUGAAGAGGAGGAGGAGGAGGAGGAGGAGAGUGAGAGAGUUCUCACAAUACACUCUUAAGUAUCAAUAGUAUGAAGAGAAUGAUGUAUUGUACCAAUCUUAUAUUAUCAAACUAUUACGUCCCAUUCUGUUUGGCAGUCAUCACUUUUAAGUCGACCAGUCUAUUGCUCUCUGUUAUAUUAUCAUCAUCCUUAUUAUUAUUAUCAUACCAAUUGAUUUAUCGCUCGUUAUAAUUAUUAUCAUUAUCACUAUCAUUAUUAUUAUUAUUAUUAUUACUACUAUUAUGCCUAUAUUAAUUAUAUGAUGCAUUCCUCCUAAUGAUGCGAGUGUAAUACACUUGCUGUUGCUGUUUUUUAAAUGCCUUGUUGAUGUUAUCAUUUUUUAAAAAA